GACUUGAGUUGCUCAAAAGGAAAAGAAAAACCUGUCGAUUCGAACCCGCGGCUCCACAGGGAGAGGGGGGAACUCUCUCGAUCUAGGGAUUCCUCCCCCUGCUCACCCACCCCAAAACCCUAGAGGCGGGCGGAGCUCUCCCAUGGCCGACGACCACUACAACUCCUCCGCGGCGGCGGCCGCGGCGGUGGGGUGCUCGGUGAUCCCGAUCGACAACAAGCUGCAGGGCAUCUUCUCGCAGCUGGGGAGCAGCUCGACGAUCGACCUGCCGCAUGUCGCUGUCGUGGGCAGCCAGAGCAAUGGCAAGUCCAGCAUCCUCAAGGCGCUCCUCGGCCGCGACUUUCUCCCGCGCGGCUCCGACAUGUGCACGCGCCGACCGCUCGUGCUCCAGCUCGUGCACCAGGCGCGCCGCCCCGCUGACGCAGAGGCCGACGAGUGGGGCGAGUUCCUGCACCACCCUGGCCGCCGCUACUACGACUUCCGCGAAAUCCGACGCGAGAUCCAGGCAGAAACGGGCAGGGAGGCUGGCGGUAACAAGGGUGUGUCAGAUAGGCAGAUACGUUUGAAGAUCCAUUCACCAAAUGUUCUCAACAUCACUUUGGUCGAUCUGCCUGGAGUUACUAAGGUGCCAGCUGUGGCACCAACUGACAUUGAGGCCAGAAUAAGGACUAUGAUAUUUUCAUAUAUGAAGCACAAAGCAUGCAUCAUAUUGGCUGUUUUGCCAGCAAAUGCAGAUUUAGCGAACUCUGGUGCUCUUCAAAUAGCUCGGACAGCUGAUCCUGAUGGUUCUCGAACAAUUGGUGUUACCACAAAGUUGGACAUAAUGGACAGAGGCACUGAUGCCUGUAAUUUUUUGCUGGAAACUGUGAUCCCAUUACGACUUCGUUAUGUUGGCAUCGUAAACCGCAGCCAGCAGGAUAUCAACACUGAUAUUAGUGCCAAGGAGGUUCUGGCGCGAGAAGAAAAUUUCUUCCGUACUCAGUCGGCAUACAGUGGUCUCACUAAGUACUGUGGGAUACCACGGUUAGCAAAGAAGCUAAACCAGAUCUUGGUCCAACAUAUCAGAACUAUUCUGCCUGGACUGAAGUCACACAUAAGUUCUCAAUUGACAGCUAUUACCAAGGAGCAUGCCUUUUAUGGUGACCCAAUUGAAGCCAAGGCUGGGCAAGCUGCUAAGUUUUUGAACAUUCUAGCUAAAUUUUGUGAUGCUUUUUCCUCUAUGGUUGAAGGGAAAAAUGAAGAUAUAUCAACAAUCGAGCUUUCUGGUGGAGCACACAUUCACUAUAUUUUUCAAUCUAUCUUCGUCAAAAGCUUAGAGGGUGUUGACCCUUGUGAGGAUGUCACUGAUGAAGACACCCGCAUGGCUAUAAAAAAUGCAACUGGUCCUAGGAGUGCUUUGUUUGUUCCUGAGGUGCCGUUUGAAGUCCUUGUACACAGGCAAAUCAGAUUGCUUGAUCCAAGUCUUCAGUGUGCGGAUUUCAUAUGUGAGGGACUGGUUAAGAUGAUCCAACUUUGCCUUUGCAACGAGCUGCAGCAGUUUCCUACACUCAGAAGGAGCAUGGAUGAAGUAAUUGUGAAGUUUAUACUGGAUGGGCUUAAGCCAGCACAAGAUAUGAUAGCACACAUUAUUGAGAUGGAGUGAGGAAAACACCUGAACAAUUCUGUGCAUGUUAAUGGGUCGUGCUACGCGUCGGCCGGCUGAUCUUUUGAAAAGAUCGUCCGGGUCGCGAGCCGUCAGAUCCGGCAUCCAUCCUUACCUUUGCAACAUGGGUGAUGUUGCAGAAGAAACUUUUGCAACAUAGGUGAUGUUGAAGAAAGUUUUGCUUUGGUCUUCACCUUUGCAACAGAGGUGAUGUUGCGGAAGAAACUUUUGCAACUGAGAUGAUGUUGCAGAAAUGCUGCCGCUGUUGCCGGCGCGUGCCGCAGCAGCACCCGCCGUGGUUCACCGGCGCCGUUUACAACAUCGUCGUUGCAAUUGUAAUGCAAGAGGAUGCUUGUUGCAAAAAGCAACAUGAAACUCAUCCCCUUCUCCGCGUCGGCAACGCCGGAGCUGGAGGCGAGGUCGGUGCCAGGAGGGGCCGUUGCUGUCGGGGAUGGGGUGGAGGAGGUCGUCAGCGGCCGUACUGACCCUAGGCGCUCCUCGGUGGCACCAUGGUGGUGGAGGCGGCCGAUGACCGAGGAGAGGAGCUCGAGCUGCAUGUACAGGCCGGCGACGGCAAGUGGAGCGGCGGCGCGGCGAGAAGUGUGAGGCCGCGUGGAAGGGGUGGAGUGAGGGGCGCGUGCGGCUGGUGGCAGUGCGAUGAGAGGGAGAGGUAUGGCCGAAGCGCUUCCUCACUGGCGUCGGUGCCGGCGUUUCGGGUAGCGCACGCUUGCCCAACGGCGCCGGCUGCCAAUCAGGCGUGGAGGAGAGAUGGGAUCGGGACGAGCCUGGAGGAAGAAGUCCCGACCGAUUUCUCGGUCUACAACCGACGCCCUGUUGUGAUCACGCGUCGGUGUUGUUACAAACCAGUGUAUGGGGUAGGGUUGCUUCGUGCCGUACGAUCAAAAUCUGAUUGGACGAUCGCCCAGUUAUCAGCCAGGUGAUCUCUCUUGUGUAAAUGAAAGAUUCCAUGUCGAUAAUUUCUACCCCUGAAAUCCAUAUAUGGUGGAAUAUAGAAUUUAUAACCAACCAAUCCUUCGGCAAGUUCCAGUGCUGGUUGUUCAAAUGUAGCUUUCUGGAUGUUUUUAUGGAAAAGAUUGAUCAAAUCAUCCAACUUCAAUAGAUUGGCAACAUCUUCGAUC